AUCGCAUCUAUAAUUCACUCGGAGACUUAUGCUGCCGUUGCUAUCAAUGGUUUCCAACGGCUUUUGAUAUCUAUACUGCAAUGAUCGCGGAUUUAUAUGAGCCACUGCGAAACUGGUAGUUUUGGCUGGGGGAAGGCUCGAUCUCGCAGUUUGGGGCUUGCGGGAGCUUAUUUCUAAUUCAACUCAAACUUGGAACACAAGCCAGCACGAGCCUCGCCGCUGUGAUGGCGUCAAUCGAGUUCAUCACUAUACCUUCCGAUGAUGAGUCGGGAGAUGCUGAUGGUUCCGCCCACCAUACUAGUCCUAAGCUACCAAAAUCCCAGAAGCAGCAUAGGCAGUCACAACCAUCGCCAGCCCAGUCGGCAUCUCAACAAGCCCCCCCUCAACAGCCACCUCGCGCUCGCCAACCCAUCAGCCCUCCAGCUCUCACUCGCCAGGCAAGCACAACCGCGCCGUCACCAAUGCCUGCAGGCUCGCCUUCGAGAAGCAGCAGGUUUUCUGCCCAGAAGCCCACCACCAAGGAGGAGACCCUGCCUGCCGUCUUACCAGCCAGACCGGGGAGCGCUGUAAAAACUGUUCAUCCCGUCACGUCUCCCUCCCAGCUUAGUCAACAGCAUCCCAUCCACAGGACACCUAAGCAUGGGACGCCUAAGAAAAUGGACUGGUCCACUGACAAGAUAAAGGAGCGCCUGCUCAAAUACUGGCUCAAUAUUGGUAAAGAUGGUGCUAAGCUUACUGCCCGGCAAAUUCAAAUGGCUUGGAAGAAAGAUGCCUCCCAAGCCGAAUUCGUCUCUAAGAGAAAUUGGUUCACGGAGAUGAAACUGGCACCGACAGAGGGAGGCAAGGAGACCAUAAAGAUCAAGACCAAGCACAUGGCAGCUGGCCGAGGUGGGAAACAGGAGAAGCGUGAACACUACGCCGUCAUCCCCAUCAAGACUAUCGGGGAGCCGGUGCCUGCGUACAGCUUCCAUCAUGUUGAGAUAUCCAAGAAUAUUCUUUCUCCUAACACCAUGUUGAACUUCGUGCCACAUCUGCGAGACCUGGCUGACGAGGAAGAACCCAAGUACCGACGAUGGUUGGAGAAUCUCGAAAACAUGGACAAGACAUCAGGCUUUGCCACCCUUAGCAGGCAGGAGAAAGUAACGAAGACGGCCCAGAAGGAACGUGCCACCAUACUGUUGCUUUAUCUUGACUCGUGGCUGGAUCAACUCGAGAUCGAAAACUGCACGCGGUCUACACUUAUUCGAUUUAUGGCCAGUCAAACAGACGCAGUCACUCCGCAGCAAAAAUCGAGUAUUCUCAAUUCCUACAGCGAGGAUUCUGGCUCUCCUCGAUCCGCCAAGACCAUUCGCAUGUUCACCGAGGCCUUCGACUGGGUGUUCAACGAUAUCGACAUGGACAAAAGUGCCGUCACAUUGCGCGAUGUCUUACUUCUUGAUAAGUCGGUUGAUACCAUUUUUGACUCCAAGAAGUGGAUGAAGGAUACUCCAAGUCAGGUUAAGCCGUUGGAAGAGCAGAUGACGGUUGAGUCAUUUCUCGAGACGUAUGCCUUGCUUGGCUGCUUGAUAUGCUGCAGUCACUCAUGUGAACAUGGGGAAUACGGGGUUGACAAUGAAAGAAAACGGUUCUCGGUGGAAACAGUGGGUGGCCUCGAGCCUAUGCUCCGCAAGCAGGCCAUUCAAGCCUCAAAAAAUGGACACAUACAUCCGUCUACCCAGAAGGCACUCAAACCGUGCAGCGACGACUGCUAUCUGAAUGGAAAAUCUAACACUCGCGCGCGGGCAUGGAACGAAAACGAGACUAUGCUCCUCAGGUCGUUCGCCGCUACUCUCAGCGACACAAACAUCCCGGUACAAUGCGCGACGGCUGUUGCUACUGGCAGACCGUGCUGGGAUGUGUGUCGUCAGCUGGAUAAGCUCGAUAUUACACCACCAAUGGUUUCGUCGCCAGCACCGAUCAAAGUCAAGCCUGUGAGCUGGUACGACCGCAACAAGAAGAUGCUUCUCGGUGACUGGCAAGAGCAGACCAUUACACACGAGCACCAGAGGAAAGACCACUUCGAUCCAUGCAAUCACGAUGGCCCUUGCACCUACUCGAAUUGUGCCUGUGUACAAAACCGCCUCAUGUGCGAACGUUUCUGUCGCUGCACUGCUGCAACAUGUGCUGCGAAAUUCACUGGGUGUGCGUGCCAUUCGCUGGGCAAGACAUGCGUGCCGAAGCAAAAGGAACGGCCUUGCAUUUGCGUCCAGCUUAAUCGCGAAUGCGACCCAGCUCUGUGUGGAAGCUGUGGAGCUUCGGAAAGGGCCAAUCCGCGGAACGCGGACGACGAUGCAUUGUUCACAACAGGCUGCCAGAAUUGCGCUCUUCAGCGUGGUAAACCCAAGUCCCUCGUUCUCGGGAAGUCCAUGAUUGAAAACUGCGGGUACGGUCUCUUCACCACCGAGGACAUAGCACAAGACGAAUUCGUGAUCGAGUACGUGGGCGAGCUUAUCAGCCAGGACGAGGGAGUGCGGCGAGAGGCACGCCGUGGCGAUGUUUUUGAUGAGGAGUCCAAUUCAUCGUACUUGUUCACGCUUCUGGAGCAGGAGGGCAUCUGGGUAGACGCCGCCAUCUACGGAAAUCUGAGUCGCUACAUCAACCACCAGGAUGAUGCCGACAAGCGUGGUCUGGGAUGCAACAUCACCCCUAAAAUCCUCUACGUCAAUGGUGAGUAUCGCAUCAAGUUCAGCUCCAUGCGUGACAUCAAGGCAGGUGAAGAGCUGUUCUUUAACUAUGGUGAAAACUUUCCCAACUUGACAAAGAAGCUGCUUGAUGAGCAGAAGGAAGAAGAAGAUGUCAAGAAAUGCCGCACCCGCAAGAAACAGGAUGAUGAUGACGAUGACGAUGACGUCGAAUUUAGCAAAGUUAAGAAAGCCAAGGGCGCUCCCAAGGGUAAACGCCGAGGACGGAAACCGGGACGCAAGCCGAAGAACAAGGCAUUCGGCAAGGUUGACUCGGACCCCGAAGACGACGAUGAGGUUGCCAACGAGCAGGUGCCGGAAGAAUAUCCAUUCCCUGACAUCGUGCUCAAGCCACGCAAGCGCAAGCGAGGGAGUAAUCUAGACUCCGAUUCGGAAGACGAGGAAUUCCGGCCAGCUGAUUCAGACGCUCAGUCUGCCGUCAUGGAACCGCCGACGUCACGCGGCAAGGUACGUCCCCGUAAGCAGCCCAGGGCCGUGGGACAGACGAUGCGAAAAACGGGCAGCGGCCUGUUCGGCCGGAACCCGGGUAAGGCCCAGUCGGUUAUUCAGGAAGAAGACGAGUCGCAACACACGACGCCCAAGCAACGUGGGCGGAAAGUGCGCAAGCACAGCGAAGACGAUGCCGAGGACGAUCAGGCUGUGGGCCAGGCUAUGGAGGUUGGCGGGGCGGAAUCCGAUUCUGCGGCCGAGUACACGCCGUCGCGGGCAAGGGCGCGCAUACAUCGCCAGAUGCUGAGGGACGUCGUAGAGUCUAGUCCCCUCUCGGCUCCUGACGACGCGGCCUUUGCGCAGUUACAGUUCGAGCUCAUUCAAAAAGACGAGAGAGAAGAGCAGGGACGCGACGGCGGCGCUGAUGACAGCGAUGCUAGCAGCAACAGGAUUGUUGAUCGCUCCCGGUCUCGCGUCCGGCGCCGUCCUGCUCGGUACAGCGACUAAUAGAUUCCUUGGAAACCUCAACGGAGAAUGGUACACUGGGUUGGGGCAGUUAAUUUGCUUUCACUUGUGGGGAAGCGGGAAGACAUCUACAUCUGCGUGAGAGCUCCGUACGAGGCUGUCCACUUGCUUAGCAUUCGUUAAAUCACAUUGCUUAUAACACAU